GAAGACAGAGCGAACAGCUGUUUGCUAAAUGGUUAUGCUAAUGACAGAACUGCGGUGUUCUAUUGUUAAACAACAGCUGAGGACGUUUUUAAUUUCAUUAAAGACUGAUGGUUUGAGUUCUGAAGGACGCAUUUUUGUCUGCAACGAGCGGCUAACCACAGAAAGGAAGCCAUGAGCUUUCAGGCCAGUCGGAGAAGAGGAGAAGAGGGCAUUGCCGUGGUGAUUGACUUCCUGCUGGCUAACGCUCGGCUGGUUCUGGGAGUCGGUGGUGCUGCUCUGCUAGGCAUUGCUACCUUAGCAGUUAAACGGCUGAUAGAGCGGGCAGGCCGUGCAGCAGAAGAUGAAAAGGUGGAGCAGAAGGUGGCUGAGAGCUGGGAGGAGCUAAGUUUAGUCUCUGCUUCUCCAACGCUCAUCAAGAAGGGAAUAGAGGGUGUUGUAAUGAAGCACGUCUCCAAGGCAACUAAACAGCAAAAAGCUGAUCUGUGUGAAAACCUUGAAGUGUCCCCACUGGAGGUACAGCCUAACCUUGAGGCUAAGUCCAAGAGGCUUCAGCUUUGUGUGCUGACACUACAGGAGCGCCUGCAGCAGUACUACUCCAGCAGAGUGGUGCUGGCUCCACAAGAAGUAAAGAGGGCUCAGUCUCUGGCUCUGGAUAUCUGCUCUGAGAUUCAGGGCUUUCUUCACAGCCGUCACCCAGACAUGCCUCUGGGAGAAAUGAACCUCGGAGGUUCUCUCCUGGAUGAUUUGCAGGUGGUCUGUGCAGACCACGUGUGUCUGCUAGUGCCCCUACAGCUGGAACCUUCAUUGUGGCGCCUCAUUCCUGGAGAGGAGACACUACUAACACACCCUCUGCACUGGAUGGUGCGUCGGGUCAACCUGGAAUAUUUUCCAAGAGGGCGCAGUUACUGGGACAGGUACUUGGUGGGAGGUUACCUGUCAUCAGAAGCUGUUGUGAGCUUGUUCAGUAAGGCUGUCAUGGAAACUGUGAACUGGCCGUCUGUCAGCAGCACUUUGGACUGUCUCGUCAGACCAGUACUGGGAGUGUCGGACCUGAGACUGGAGAUCCGGCCUGAAAGUGAAGCGUUGAGCAGUGAUCCACCAAUCUUCAUCUCAAUGCUGCCCAUCCUCAGAGAGGGCGAUGUGGUCCUGACGGCCCAGCCAGAGCUCACGUCUCCUUGGGUUAACGCCUGGCACCUCUCUCUCUACCCAUGGGAGACCCAGCGCCUGGCUCAGCUGGACACUGCUGAUGAUGGCUGCCGCAGGUUAACACUCAAAAUCCUGAAGGCUGUUUGCAAACUGAGCCCCCCUCUCCGUCCCCUAGAGGCCGCCCCGCUGGCCAAUCUGAUCCUACACCUCAGCGACACAGAGGACGACUGGUCCAAGAGCAGCCUGGAUGUCAGAUUACAGCAGUGUAUCACUCAGCUAAUUGGUCAUCUGGAACAGGGAGCGUUACACAGCUACUUCAAACCUGCCGUCAAUCUGCUGAGCAGCCUGUCCGAGGAUCAGGUGGACCAGAUGGGUUUCAUGCUCUACUGUGCGGUGUCGGAUCCGGAAAUACUGCUCAUUUGAAUCCCAAGGUUUCCACAGACAUGCAAUAUUGCAUCUGAUACAAAGAGGUGCAGUCACUGUGUCAUGGCAGGUGAAAUGUCUGCAAGGCAGAUACAGAAGGGAUGGUUAAAGUGCUAAAAGUCCCACAGGAAGAGGGAAAAGUGCCAAUGGAAAAAGAAGAGGACAAAAUAAUAACGCUUUAGUACCAACCUAUGCUGCUGGUUUUGCAUUUUGGUUUUUGCACAUUUAUGAAUUAAAGGCUUGCAUUUUUCUUCAUGAUUUUUAAAAAGUUCUUUGAAUAUCCUGCUUAUGCAGAGAAACAGAUAACCUGCUGAAAUUGUUCCUCUUCAGUAACCUGGCUUUGGUAAAUUUGAAUAGUUCUCAGUAGGACUUUUACAGUUUUCUUCCGUCUUUAUUCAGAAAGUUCUCUCAUCAUCUUACAUAUUUUUAAACAGUGAGCUUUGUCAGCAAAUUUCAUCUGUGUUUUUAUUAGGAUAUGUGCGUGUGUGUGUGUGGAUAUAAACAGCGAAAUAAAAUGUCCUUAUUUACCCCAUUAUGUUACAUAACCUC